UACCAMAAGCCACAAAGAUGUACAGAUGUGGGUGCUGUAUUUGAAGAAGUCAUUAACAAACGCUAGUACUUAUAAAGGUGCAACCCAGAGAUUCACAAUACCCGUCAUUUAUGAAARYAGUGUGCGUUUWUUUGUAGAUUAUACCGAGRCAACGUUUGCGAAUAAGGUACACUAGCCGCGGUGUAUAGAUCUCUCUUUUGGUACCAUCAAGGUUUUUGCAGAAUUAACUCUUGUCAUUGUCAUCAGGUAUAUUUUCAAAGAAAUCUUCUCCAAGAAAACCAAGGUACGAAGCUGUGCGGAAGUUGAAACUGGUCGAUAUCAACUGAGAUCGUCGAGAGAAAAGUGGAUUACAAAUCAACAAGGUGAAUCUCAAACACGGUUCAACCCAUCAUGGAACCAAACUCCAACAACACAACAAAAUUGUUUUAUCCAGAAGCCUCAUUCAUGGUGGAAUCUCCAGAGUCUAAAAUAAUGAAAGCAGUUGCAAUUUCUAUCGUUGGAUUGGUCGCAGUUGUUGGAAACUGUUUGGUCAUGGCUGCUGUAUUCCAGAGCACUAAAUUACAGACUGUCACCAACUAUUUAAUUGUUAAUAUGGCAGUAUCAGAUUUAUUGUACAUCAUCAUCGCUCUGCCUCCGUUCUAUUUCGAUCUUUUUGAGCUUUACGAGUGGACUUUCAGCACGCACAUAAAUCGUGUGUACUUUUGUAAGAUAGUACACUUUGGUCAGUACUCCUUGCCAACUGUGUCGGUUCUUACUCUAGCCACAAUUGCAGUGGACCGUUUCUUUGCUAUUGCCAUUCCAUUAAGACGGAUCUUCACUAAAAAAGCAUUUUAUAUCAUCGCUACUGCGAUCUGGCUUAUAGGAGCUGCGGUUGCAUCACCAAUGUUCUACGCUCAAAAAAUUAAAUACGACGACAUGAGUGGGCAUUAUUAUUGUGAUGAAGACUGGAGCCCAGCUUUUGAAGACACCAGACUCGCGUCUCGCAUUUACACAUUGCUGCUCUUCUCAGUUGUUUACUGCGUGCCCUUCAUGGCAAUGACUAUAAUGUACACAAUAAUAUGCAAAAAACUGUGGAAACGAAAAAUACCUGGAGAACAGAACGAAACUAACAAUAAAACACUAACUGAAUCAAGAAAGAAAGUCGUCAAGAUGUUAAUUGUUGUGUUAAUCGCUUUUAUAGUGUGCUGGCUACCGAUUCAAAUAAUCUCCUUCGUAUGGGAAUAUGCAGGUGUCGAUAUUCCGCUAGUUGUGUACUUCAUCUGCGGUUUUCUGAUACGUACGCAUGCGUCGUUGAGUCCAUGUAUAUACGCAAUAUUCAGUGCUAAUUAUCGAGCUGGGUUUAAGAAAGCAUUAUGUUACUGUUGCGUUAAAAAGAACGAUCAACUGAUACGCAAUGACACUUGCUCAAGAAGACCGACUUCCUAUCACCAUAUUGACUCRAGAAGGAACAAUAAUGGUCGAAAAGACACCUUGGUAAUAUUGAAAACACGCGAGAAAAUGUUAGCAAAAUUCGACGAUUGACUUGAACCUCUUUCAGUUGAUAAUUACCGUAACAUGCAGACUCGAUUCUGAAAAAGCACAAUUUAUAAUCGUCUCUCGUAAGUGUGGGGUCAUUCAUUAGAUAUUUCUCUCUCCAUUUGACUCAUAUCGAUUCUAAGGAGCGUCUUCUAGUGCAAUGGAGACGUACUAUUUGUACAAUGAUUUUGUUUAAACUUAUUGAAUAAAAGGUGUAUAUAUUUAUUGUAA